CUUCCCGCCAAUUACGCCGCAAAGUGCCCUACGCAGGUCAUUUGAUGACGCCUCGGCGCCUCUGGCUCAAUAAAAUUCCCACACAAUGUGACGUGGUUAUUGAAUUUCCCGAGGAUGCACCAGACGAAGCGCUCCGCUGGCUCCUGGCCCGUAUCCGCUCGCAACCGCCGGCUGGUCUCGGUCUUCUCGUCCAGGUCAAGGCGCACGAGAGCACGCGACGGAAUGCCUUCUAUGUCAGUGCCCCCGUUAAUGUCCUGUUCAGAGCUGCUGAAGAAGCCCGCCUGCCAAAACGUUUGCGACCCGAUUUGGGCGGUGCUUUGAGGGAGUUCACCACCCGCGAGAGUCAUUGUUUCCAGCAAUUGCGCGGUGAUGUGGGAAGCACAGCACUGUUUACCUCCCAGGAGCGACAGUGGCUGGUCCUUCAGGUGCUGCAAGGCUUACGAGCCGGUUGCAGUGACAUCGAUGCCCUUCAUGGCAGAGCGGCUGUGGCCGAGGGUCAGAGCAUCGUGGCCGCUUGGCAGGAAUCCGGCCUGAUCACCCAGGUCUUCCCGCUGCACGAGCCCAGUUCGCUGACGCAGCUCCAGACGCACUGGGUCAAGCAGAUAUUCGCCCCGCAACCUUUGGAUGACAUCGCUGCCUAUUUUGGCGUAAAGGUCGCUUUGUACUUUGCCUGGCUGGGUCACUACACCUGCGCUUUGGGCGUUCCGGCAGUGUUUGGCACCAUACUCUAUUGCAUUCUAUGGGGCAAAGGUCAAACAGCGCAGGAUAUGGGCCACGUACUCUUCUCACUGUUCAAUGUAGCCUGGGCUUCACUGUAUCUCGAGGCCUGGAAGCGUUAUUCCGUGGAAUUGGCUUUUCGAUGGGGCACUUUAUCAACGCCACCAGAGCUGCUGGAACCACCGAGACCCUUGUAUAAGGGUCCUUUGGAGGAGAACAAUGUGACGGGUCGUUUGGAGCCCAAGGAGGCGCCAGCUUGGCAGCGACGUGCGUUUCGCUAUCUGGUCAGCUUUCCCAUCAUUGGUUGUUGUCUGUGUGUGGUCUUUGCUGUGAUGUUUCUCAUGUUGCGUUUUCAGGAUUGGCUGGAUCACCAUAACAUACCAGAUAAAGGAAUUGCUCAAUGCAUGUAUAAUUUGCACAAGGACUGGUGGGACUCCAAGUUGCCGGAGGAGAGUGUUCUGUGCUGUCUAAGUGUCAUUCCAAAAGUCUUACUGGCAGGAGCCAUUACCUUGAUGGACGAAGCCUACUUUAAGUUGGCUGUUUGGCUCAAUGACCGCGAAAACUAUCGCCUGCAGUCGAAAUAUGAGAACCAUUUGAUAGCCAAAGUGGCUCUUUUCCAGUUUGUCAACUCUUUCCUAUCACUUUUCUAUAUUGCUUUCUAUUUGCGUGAUGAGGAGAAGCUUAAAGAGCAACUAGCUGGUCUUCUCAUCUCCCGCCAAAUCAUUGGAAAUCUUCGCGAGUCUGCAAUUCCCUACUUUGUUGAACAAUGGAAGCUAGCUAAGCUGAGCUUUAAUAUGUGGGGUGCUCUGAGUCCAACCCAAAAUGUGACCCGUAGUCUGGCCGAGGAGUUGGCCACUGCUGAGGCGGAACUAAAGGCAGAGUCUACUGGCACGCCCACCAAGACCCAUCAGUCGGAGUCGUCGACUAAAAGGAAUAUUGGCCAGGCCGAAAUAGAGAGCUCGUUGUACAAGUAUGAUGGCACUUUUUCGGACCAUUUGGAGAUGCUCGUUCAAAUGGGCUAUGUGGUGCUCUUUUCGGCCGCCUUUCCACUGGCUGGAGUCUGUGCUCUGAUCAAUAACCUAAUGGAGAUUCGGUCUGAUGCCUUCAAGCUGGCCCAUGUUCAUCAGCGUCCAUUUGGUCAGCGUGUGGCCAACAUUGGCACCUGGCAAAAUGCCCUGAGCAUCCUGUCUCUUGCCGCCGUCAUUGUGAAUUGCGCCCUGAUUGGACUCUCAGGACAGGUGUCGAGGCUAUGGCCUGGUUUGACCACAGCACAGACAAUUAUUCUGAUUGUCACCCUAGAGCACAUAAUGUUGGGCCUGCGGCAGGCACUCACCUGGCUCCUGCCGGAGUUGCCUUCGUGGUUGGCGGCGGAAAUCGCACGCGCCGAGCAUUGCCGGCGGGAAAUGCAGUGUAAGGGCACCUCACCUCGCCCCACCCCUCCAACUCCGCAGUCGACCACUUCCACGCAGCCGGAACAGGACGGUCCCAGCGGAAUGCAAAUGGAGAGUGGGUCAAAUACCACCCGAGAUCAGUCCAUGGAGAGUCAGGUGGCCGAAGAUAUACUGCUUUAUGGACAGGAGUUUGCUGGCUAUGGACGUAACAUCGAGGCGGAUGUUAAUAUUUAUGAGAAUCGUGAUUCAUCACCCGAUUCUCCGCCCUCGCAGACCAGCACCAUACUGAUUAGACCGCUGCAUGAGUCAACGCCACCGCUCGGUGGCGCCUCCCUGUCCAGUUUGCAUCAGGACGGUAAUGGCGGAGCUUCUGCCAGCACGCUAGCGCUGAACUCGGCCUUAAAUGCAGCUCGCAUGCAAUCAAUGCAUAUUCAAGAAAUACCGCCAUUCCGAAAGAAAUCGACGGACUCAGCCGAUCAUACCGGCAGCAGCGCCAGUAGCAGUCCCCAGCGAACCACCAUGCGGCAACUAUCUGGUCAGCAGACGCAGCAGACGAUUCCAGAGAUACCACCGUACAAGACGCGCAAGAUAUCCGCGGAGAGUGCCAUGCAUCUGAAUAUGAGCGACAAGCUACACAUAAAACUUCAUGCACCAGAAUGGAUGUCACGUUUAAAAGUCAACGACAAUGCAAAUCUGCAUAGAAGCAUAGAUUGUAUUUCAAAGGAACUUGGAAACACGGCAGACACAGCGGAGAUUUUAAAGCCAGCUCCAUCAUGGUGCAAUGUGGCCAUGAGAUCAGGAGCACCUAGCACCAGCUUGGCCACCCCACCAGCCUCUCAGCACCAGCAGCAAAUAGUAGCUUCCUCAUCAUCAUCAUCCGGCGGCGGUGGCAGUGUCUUUAGUCCCAGUGGCCCUGGACCAGCUGGGGCAUCAGAUGGCGGCAUCACCACUUCCCAGUCAAGACCCAGUGUUGGCGCACUAUCGAACUCCUCAUCCGGUUCGUCUCAUAAACAACAAUUGAAGCAGCAGGCCAAGGAGGAGAAGGAGCGGGAGAAGGAAAAGGAGAAAGAAAAGGAGAAGGAACGACUGAGGGAAAAGGAGAAAGAAAAAGAGAAGGAAAAAGAAAAGGAGAAGGAUAAGGAGGCUCAGGGAGCAGCAGCAUCUACAUCUACAGGGACUGCUGAUGACGAGGCUAAGGCCGCUGAAUUGGCCGCCAAGAAAUCUCGUCUUAAGCAGAAGCUGGUGAAGAGUGCGAGGUCAGUGGCGAUAUUCUCACUCAAGCUUAAAGAGAGAAGACAGCGUGAGGCUGAGAAGGCAGCUACCAUAGCGGUAGAGCAUGCCAAGGCUUUGGCUAAGCUGCCUAUGCCCCAGCCAGUGGGCGGUGAAUUGUCUCUAAUACCCAUCGAACACCUUAUCCAAAUUGAGGAUAUCAUACCUGCGAUGAAAGCUGCCAGCAGCUCGGGUGCACCCACAUCGUCCAGUCAAGCCGGCCCAUCGACGUAUCAUCAACAGCAGCAGCAACAGCAACAGCAUUACCAUCCACCUUCGCAUGCACAUCCGCAUACGGAUAAUUAGGCUUCUUAAUGUUAAGAUUGAUUACCCCUUCGCACACUUUGUAAAUAGUUUUCUAUGCACCCCGACCCCCAUCUAGUCGAGAUUUUAUCGAAGUUACUGAUGAUAUAUGAGCAAAUUUGCUGAAUGUGUGUCUUGUCCAGAGUUGGAAGCAACUAAUUAACUAUACUUAGUCGUUACGGUAUAGCGAAAUUAAGUUAAUCAAGUUUUUCGGAAUUCAUUUCAUAUGCAAAUUUAUCAAGUUUUGUAUGAAAAGAGUUUAAUUGAAUAUCAUUUUUGGAUGCAAAAUAGAUUACCGGGUAUAGUGCAAUAGCAAUGCAUAGAAAUCGUAGACAGCAAAAAAAAAAACAAUAAUUUUUAAGAGUUGUGAAACGAAUUUUGAUUUAGCGUUUUAGCUGUUAAUGUGUUUUUGGUAGUCAUUGUUGCUUAGCGUUUAGCCGUAAAAAAACCAAUUUGUUUGUUACAUAAAAAAAAACGUUGAUAAUGUUGCAUUUGCAUUUAUGUUGCCAGUGAACGAAUAUUAAAUAAUUACGAAUAUUAAUUAACAAAACACAAUCGACAAACACUCUCACACGAUAAUCAAAAUCAGACAACACAACGACACUCAUAACUGUGAGAUAAUAUCGUCCAUUGUUCCUUCCAUAUACAAGGAUAACGCCUUCGCACUCGCUUUUAGCUAUGGUACAACAGAUGGGAUUAAAAACUAUUACUAAUUGCAGCUUGCUAUUAAAGGAGAAACCUUAUUCAUUACUUGCUGCAAAUAUUUUCCUUGUUUUACUAAGUAUUGUACUAGCCUGAUCUAAACCAAACAAGAGAAUUUCACAAUUUAUCGACAGUCUAGUCAGAGGAUCUACACUUUAGAUGCACCCAAACACAAAUGAUAUUUGUAAAUAUAUGGUAGGAACUAAGUGUAAUUUAAAUGAGGUAUACAAACUAUAAUAAUGUAAUUGAUUAUAUGUGCUCUUGUGUUAUAAAACGAUUCAAAGUAAAGCCUUUCAUU